AAAUAAUAUCUAGCUUUACCAGGUAGUUUUUUUUUUUAAUGCUGGAAAUUAAUUUCCGGAGCUAUUUUAAUUUUGCUGUAUUUAAUUUGAUGCUUACUUUAAUUAACUGCUGCUUAAACCUUCUCCCAAGCUACUUUCAGAUGUCUGUGAUUGCUGAACUCGAGUGGAAAGAUGGGCUGGAGGGAGUCUGGGGAGCAGCAGGGGGUGGCGGUGGAAGGAAUGGAUGGAGCUAGGUAGCCCAGGUGAUAAAAAUGUCCAAUGCCCUCCUCCCCCAACAGCUCUUCCCAUCUGCCUCAGUCCUACCUGUGUGCGUAAGGCACCUGAGAGAUGGGAGCUCCAUCGCCUGCCAGCCCAUUGGACUGGAAAACGGAGCCAACCCUCCAGCUGAAUGGUUCCCGCACAGCCAGGGCCCGGGGCUGCGGCAGCCCAACAACAGCGAGGCGGAUGGCAGCGAGAGAAACUUCAGGGUGAACCUCCACUGCAAAUACGGGCGGCCCAGAGAACUCAAGUGUAACAGCAGGAACAGCAAAGCAGAAGGUCCAGGUUCCACGUUUGCAGAUGUACAUCCCAGCAACUGUUCUGCCAAGAGGCAUGCCAGUGAAGAAGAAUUUAGGAAGCGCCUGAAAUCCCAGGGCCCUUCAGUCCCACCAGCAGGAGGCGCCAUCCGCAGUUCUUCUGAUUACUCCCAAGAGCCAAAGUUAUACCAAGCAGGGCAUCCUGGUCAAAAGGUUUCAGCGUGUCUGGCAGAAAAAGCCUUGUCAUUCAGCAUGCUCAGCUUUCCUGAAGGUUCCUGUUCAGCAUUAGGCCGCGAGCACAAGUCUAGCUCACUGCGUCAUGCUGAGACGGCUGACCGGUGCAAGAGCUUUCAUGCCCAUGGCAGCACCAAGGCGGAGGAUUUGCCGUUGGCCAAUGUUCUGGGCUGCCCUGUUGACACCCGGGGCCUAGAUGAGACAGCCACGCACGACAGAGCUGCCAAGACCUUCUCCAAUGCCACUCUGGCCUCAGGAAGGUGCAACAUUGACAACAUCAUCUCGCUGCUAAAGAGCAAGUGUGGAAAUGGCCGUAUCAACCUCUAUCCUGUGGUGCAGCUCAUAGACAUCAUGAAGGAUAUCAAUCGCCUCUCCCAGGACCUGAAGAGCUGUGGCGUUCACCUGGACUGCAGUGGCCUAGAGCUUAACAGCCACCCACCACUCAAUGAGGAAGGCCAGGAUCAGGGCCUGCAGUACAGCUUCUACUCCUCACCCAUGCUUGCCAGCAGCAUCCGUAGCCCCGAGGAGGUAGCAGGACAGGGCAGCACCAAAGCUGAGCUGCCCAAGCAGACCCGACCCACUGGAAUCUGUGAAGGAGAGUCAGAGGGGGACACUCAGAGUGCCCAGUACCCAGCCACCCAGAGUAGCCCUGCUUUGAAGGCAUCAUCAAGCAGCAUAGAUGAAGCUAGCAGCUCGGAAUCUGAUACCACUGAUUAUACCGAAUUGGCUGAUACAGAUAUCUUGAGUGAACUGGCUUCUUUGGCAUGCCCAGGCCCCCAGUUAAUAGAUCAUCAACAUCUGGAGCCCCACUCCCAGUUGCUCCAAAGCCAGGGGCUAGAUUCAAGGUCCCAGUUAAUUGGUUCACAGUCUCUGGAACACCAGCCUCAGCUAGUAGACUCUAAGUCUUUAGAGCCUCCUCCAGAACCGCUGGCACUGCAGACGGUGGAGCCGCUGCCUGCGCCACUGGGGCUGCAGACUCUGGAGCAUUUGGAGCUGCAGAAUCUGGAGCCCUUGUCUGAAUCAUUAUCGCUUCAGUCCCUGGAACCCCUUUCUGAGCCACUAGGGCUCCAGUCUUUAGGGACUCUGGACCACCAAUUGCUUGACUCCCAAGCCCAGCUUCUGGAUCCGGAAGCCCAGCUGCUAGGCCCCCUGCCCAAAUUGUUAGACUCCCAGCCCCAGCUAGGGACAGACGAGUCCCUAGGAUCACAUUCGCUCCAACCCAGCUCCCACCUCGGAGGAUGCUCCCUGAGAGGAGUAGCAAGGCGAGGAGCAGGGCGGGGAAGGGAUGAUCACAGGAAAUAUGCUCUACGUAGAACAGAUAAACCAAAGAUGCUCUGCCGCCGGCGGAGAGGUGGCCGGGGCCGGCGGGCAGAGAUUGUAGCUGAGAACAGAGUCCUCCCCAUGGCUGUACCGGUGGAGGUGGUGAUGGCACAACCAGAUGAAGUCAGGAUGCCAGUGACAGCAGAAGUGAUGGAUCCCAUCGUUUCCCCACUGGAACCUGAAGAUGGUCAGAAACCAGCCGCCAACCUGCAGGUCCAAAAACCCAAGUGCCGUGGAGUACGAAGGAUGGUGGUGAAGAUGGCCAAGAUCCCUGUCUCUCUUGGGAGGAGGAACAAGACGACAUACAAAGUGUCCUCCCUCAACAGCAACUUGAACCUAGAAGGCAAAGAGCUCACAACCUGCAGCUCGUUGGAGCCAACUCCGCUGCUGAAGAUGAAGAACAAUGGUCGUAACGUCGUGGUGGUCUUUCCUCCAGGUGAAAUGCCUAUUAUCCUAAAGCGCAAGCGGGGGAGACCCCCCAAAAACCUGAUGCUGGGUCCCUGCAAACCCAAGGAACCCACCCCAGAAGUGAAAAAGCGGAGGAGGAGGAAACAGAAACUGGCAUCACCACAGCCCUCCUAUGUCGCCGACACCAAUGAUAGUAAAGCUGACUACUCUGAUGUCCUGGCAAAGCUUGCCUUCCUAAACCGCCAGAGCCAGUGCUCAGCUCGUUGCUCCCCGCCUCGCUGCUGGACCCCAAGUGAGCCAGACUCCAUCCACCAAGCCCCAGAUACUCAAAGCAUCUCCCACUUUUUGCACCGGGUCCAAGGCUUCCGCAGGCGUGGUGGUAAAGGAGGCGGGUUUGGACGUGGAGGGGGCCACUCUGCCCGGUCACCUCGCUGCUCCUUUAGUGAUUUUUUUGAAGGCAUCGGCAAGAAGAAGAAGGCAGCCCCAGGAGCAGCCAUGCAUGCUGACCCUGUUCACCCACGAAAAAGGGGCCGGCCAGAGCCCGACUCCAUGGAGAAGCCGAAGAGGAAGAGGCGGUCCCGCAAAAACGGGGCGCUGUUUCCUGAGCAAAACCUUGGCCAGAACUUCAGUGAUGGGACCUCUGAGUGGGGCGGAGACAAAGAAAGUCUUUGGAUGUCCCAUCAUGGACACCUCUCCAGCCAAGCCAACAGGAACUGCAGUUACCAAGACUCUCGGACCUUCCACUCUUCGACGCUGGAGACAAGUUCAUCCAGUAGGACUGGUUUUUAUGGUGGGAGCAACCCAUCAUCACAGUCAGAACUAAGCCAGGAGAGACAGAGCCUCUUCACAGGCUAUUUCCGCUCCCUGCUGGAUUCAGAUGAUUCCUCUGACUUGCUAGACUUUGCCCUCUCAAAUACACGCUCUGAGUCACGGAAAUCUGCUCCUUCGUACACGGCCCCUCCCAAUGCCAUUGCUACGCAGAGGGGCAUGGCAUCUUACCCAAGCAGAGGGGGUAAAGUCACGCCCUCCUCCACCACCACUACUGCUACUACUGAGGCACCCUUCCACACAGCCAUGACAAGCCGGCAGUCGUUCCCUCCCAGCCGAUCAGCGGGAUACAGCCUUUCUCAGGCUGCUUCGGAAUGCCGCAGCACAGAUGCCUUUCAGAAGCUGGCGCCUCUCUCAGCUGUCUCCAGGUCACCCACCGCCCACUCCACAGCAGCCUCCAGCUAUGCACAGUACGGCAGCUUCAGCAGCAGUGGUGGGCAGAGCGUGACACCUUCUAGCUUGUUCCAGCAAGGGAAGCCAUACCAUGCCACACAGGACUGCCCCAACAACAAAGACUGCAGCUUCACGUAUGGCAGUGGCAACAGCUUGCCCUCAUCACCAAGCAGUGCCCAUAGUGCCAGCUAUGCCCAGCAGACUUCGGGGCCCAGCUUGCCAUUGAAUAAGGCCUCCUUCUUCAACAGCUCAGAUCCCAGCCAGUUCUCCAGCUCCUCCCACACACCCAUGAGGUGCGACAGCCGGGCAAGCACUGUGUCCCCAGGUGGCUACAUGGUCCCUAAGGGUUCGGUCUCCUUUCAGCCCUCCCCAGAGAACUGCCGGCAGUUUCCCAGUGCCUCCCAGUGGGCUUUCCGGCAAGGCUACAGCAACCUGGACUGGAACUCUGAAACCUUCAGCCAGCUUUACAACCCAGGCUUUGACUGCCAUAUCAACGAACCCAAUGUUAUCCUGGAUAUCUCCAACUACACACCCCAGAAGGCCAAGCAGCAAACCGUCUCUGAGACCUUCUCCGAGUCCUCAUCGGACAGUACCCAGUUCAACCAGCCAGCUGGCUACAGAAGGGCCAACAGCGAGGCUUCGUCUAGUGAGGGCCAGUCCAGCCUCUCCAGCCUGGAGAAGCUGAUGAUGGACUGGAAUGAGUCGUCUUCGGCCCCAGGUUACAACUGGAACCAGAGUGUCUUAUUUCAGAGCAGCUCCAAGCCGGGACGUGGUAGACGGAAGAAAGUGGACAUAUUUGAUGCUGCUCAUCUGAACUUCUCGACAGGUGCAUACCCCUCCAAGAGGGGCACGGGGGCCAGGCAGCCACGAGGCUCCCGAGGUGCCUGUGCCUCCAAGAAGGAGAGAGGCACUGGCAAGACCAAGUUCCCUACCAAAUCCCAGCAAGUGAACCCCAUGUUUCAAGACAGUACAGAUUUGGGCCUCGACUACUACAGUGGAGACAGCAGCAUGUCGCCACUGCCCUCCCAGUCGCGGGGCUUUGGGCUCAGCGAAAGGGACCCCUGUGACUUUGCUGGGCCCUAUUCCAUGAACCCCUCCACCCCUUCGGACGGCACCUUUGGGCAAGGCUUCCAGAGUGACUCCCCUGGCCUAGGGCAGGCAGACCUGGACAGCAAGCAUUUCCCCGCCCUGCCCCACCAGCUUGCUGCCCCGCCCCCUCAGCAGACUGUGUUUGAAGCAAGCUUACAGAAAGCCUUCUCGCCCAACUGCUCCCCAACCCUGGCCUUCAAAGAGGACUUGAGGCCCAGCGAUAUCCGCAAGCUCCCGGCCUGCGACUCGCUCAAACACAGCAUGCAAGGGGCUGGUGGCAUGCCCCACCCAGCCGCGCACAUGUCUUGCCGGGACCUGCCCAUGUCCCAGCCACACUACGACUCGCCCAGCUGCAAAAACCCCAACUAUUGGUACUCCCCCACCUCCAGCACCCGCAGCCCUCCCUACGACAACAAAGCUGGGGUUGGGAUGCUAGUGGACUUCAUGGGGAGAAGCCCAGAUGUCUCCUGCCUCAACCCCCACCUGACCAGCCCCCCCAACACCAACCCUUCCAAGAGCGAGAAGGAGCCUAUGGACAUGGCAAGGGCCCACCACCGAGGGGCCUACAUUUGCCCCUUGAUGAACGACUUGAAUAUCUCCCCAGUCCCAAGAGACUCUAUGCUGCCGCUGCAGGACAACUAUAGGUACCCCAGUUUUGCACCCCAAGGGCACCCCAUCAUGACUGCAGCCCAGAAGAGCGCAUUUUUGGGUCCAAUGCUAGAGCAACAUCCUGAGGACACAUUCACAGUCACCUCAUUGUAGUGUCAUCUGAAGUGCCAACCAGACAACGAGGUUUUGUUUCAGGAGCUACUUUAGCCAGCACUUUUUCUGGAACACUUUUCAAGUUCUGUAUUUAAUGGAAAUCAAAAACUGAUCUUUUUGUUCAUUUGUUUGUUGGUUCUUUUGGGGGGGUUUUCUAA